AUGGCUGCCGAAACUGUUGACACAUCAUGGAUGUGGAAUGCCAAUUUUCAUGAGAAUUUACCCAACACCGCUGGACGUUUCGUGCAUUUCCGAAAAACACUUCUCGUCGAAAAGGAGAUUCCGGCAACCCUCAAGAUCAGUAUCACCGCUGACACACGCUAUAAAUUAUACAUAAAUAGCAAUUUUGUCGCGUAUGGGCCUGUCAAAGGUGAUUCCAAUCUCUGGUUCUACGACGAGAUCGACAUCAGUCAAUAUCUGCAUCUGGGACAAAACCAGAUAGCAAUCCACGUCCUGAGACUCUUCCAUGGGACUUCAUAUGGCACCAGCUUUCCAAGAUUGGGAUCUGGUGGUGUUCGAAUCGCAACCACUGUCGAUGAUCCCAUUUGGUCGCCGCAGCUUCGAAGUAGUACCCUAUGGGAGACAGCUGUAGAUCCAUUUGUGGAUUUGCGCAUCGAUGAGCCUGAGGAUGAUUUCCUUCAUGUUUUCGAAAAGGUGUCGGUGGAGAUUGCUGGUACCAAGACCUUGGAGUGGUCGCCGGCUAUUUUGCUACAGUAUCAGAACUCGACAGGAGUCACAGCACCAUGGAAGUUAUCGCCCCGUCUUAUUCCCCAAAUGAAAAGUUACAAUUCCCAGUUCAAGGCUAUUCACAAUGUCAAGAGCACUUUGUCCUCCAAAGCUUGGGAGAAAAACUUAGUGAACUGCGACGCCAAAGACAAAUCCGUGCUGCUACCACCUGACACCAAACACCAGAUAGAUUUGGAGGUUGGGUCACAUACUACUGCAUCUCUCCGUUUCCGAUUCAAGCGUCCUGAGUCCCCCGGCGCAAGAAUGGUUGUCACAUACUCAGAGAGUUAUGAGGACACCCCAACUUUCAUCCCAUAUCUCCGCCGUAAAGGCAAUCGACUUGAUACAACCAAGUUGUUGAUUGGACCACAAGAUAUCUACACUUUUCAAGGUCGGGAAGGCAACUUAGGCCUGGGUUAUCACGAAGACGAAGAUAAGAAUGAAAUCUACAUGCCGUUCCAUUGGAGAUCAUUCCGAUUCUUGAGGAUUAGUAUAUGGGCAGGUUCCUCUGGCUUAACGUUGCAAGGCAUUGAUAUUGAGGUGGUUCGCUAUCCCCUGGAUGUCCUAUCAAAUGUCAGUACCAACACAGGCGAUGAUGAGACCAAAAAGCUCUACGACACAAGUAUACGAACACUACAGAAUUGUAUGCACGAUUGCUACGAGGAUUGUCCAUUUUACGAACAACUCCAAUAUGCCAUGGAUACGCGGAGCUCUUGUCUAUUCACUUACUACGUAUCCGGGGAUGAUCGUUUGGCGAGGCAGGCCAUCAUCCAGCUACACAACUCGUUUCAACCUCAACUUGGACUCACAGCAAGUCGAUCACCGUCGAAUCAACUUCAAAUUAUGCCCAAUUUCUCCCUCUAUUGGAUCUGUAUGCUCCAUGACCAUUUUACCUUUUACAAUGACGGUGACUUCAUUCAGCCUUUUUUGCCUGUUGUCGAUGCCGUUCUCAACUUCUUUCACUCUCGCAUCCAGCACGAGACUGACUUGGUAGUUCUGAAGAGUGAGGAGGGUAUCUGGAACUUCCAUGAUUGGGCGGAGCAAUGGCGUCCAUAUGGCAUCCCGCCGUCGGUCGAAAAGACAGGUAUCUCGACUUAUACCAACAGUCUGUACUCUUACACAUUGAACCUGGCUUCAGGUUUACAAAGCGCUUGCAGAGGUCGACCUUAUAUGGCCUAUGAAUAUUCUCAGAGGGCAGACCUCAUUUCGAAUGCAUUGAAAGCCCACUGUUUUGAUGGUCGUUACUUCACUGACAGUCUGGCUUCUCAAUCUGAUGGGAAAAGUGACAUCAGUCAGCACAGCCAGGUUUGGGCAGUUCUCAGUGGCGCAAUCAGUGGACUGGAUGCUCAGACCCUGCUAAGAGACGUACUCAAUACCUCACUAGAUACGAAGGACGCGCUGGUCAAAACGUCAAUAUCGAUGUCAUUCUACACCCUACGCGCUAUGAGCAUUGUAGGAGGCAACCUGUACGAUGAACUGUAUACCAAGUUUUGGGAGCCGUGGCGUGCCCAACUGGCUCUCAAUUUGACAACAUGGGAAGAAGACGACGUUUCUCAUCGCUCAGACUGUCAUGCUUGGGGUAGCGCUCCAAUUUACGAGUUUUUAGCAGAGGUAGCGGGUGUGAAGCCUGAACUACCUGGCUGGGAACAAAUAAGAUUCGCGCCGCGGCUCGGCUUGUAUCCUUCCUUCAACGCAACUGUACCUUUUGCCAGAAAGGGUAAAACUGCUUUAGUAAAGGUUUCUUGGAGCUCAUCAGAUGGUGAAAUGACUCUUGUAAAGUUGCGUAUUGAAGGAUCAGCCGAGCCAGUCCCAGUGCACAUACAACUCACUGGACAGUCGGAAAAGAUCAUGGUUGGCUCGAAAGAGAUUGUGUUUUAUUGUCCGCAGUUAAAUAGGUAG